AUGUCAUCUUUAUCACAACAACGAGUGGCAAGUUGUGCACUUCCUUCUCCAUUGCUUUCAGAGCUCAACCACGAUCAACCAUUGAGUCGCCUCCGACCAGUUCCAGAGAAUGAGCUUCGUGAUUUUUCCUUUCCUUGGCUUCCCAUGGGAUGUAAAAGUUAUGAAAGUUUCCAUUGGUUAACGAAGAGAAAGAGAACAACCACCUUUUCCUUUCAACCCAACACAACAACACUCCAACUAGAAGAAGAAAAGACUCAUGAGUCUUCUGAGCCUUCUUCUUCUUCCUGUUGCUCCGAUGAGAAGAUCUCUGAACCACAUCUGAACAUGAAACAAGAAGAAGAGGCUUGUAAUAAUAGCACCACCACCACUACCAUCACUCGUACCAUCAUCGCUACCACUCCCUUCACUCACUUUUCCAUGUUUUACGACCAUCUAAAGGGAUCCAAGAUUGCUCUCGCCAUUCCCGAUCUUGAAGGCUGCUGGAACGGAGGAGUGUUGAUUCAUUGCCAUGGACAUCGGGCCAAGGGCAUUCCUUUACAGGCAGAUCUCACGGAAGAGAAUAUGCCUUUUGCUUUCCGAGAGUUGUUACGAGAGGGAUGGAUGGUUGCCAUGACUUCCUAUCGGAGAGAGGGUAUUGUGUUGAAAGAGGCCAUUCAGGACGUGAAUUCUUUGAGGGAUUAUAUUGAAGAAAAGUGUGGAAAUAUUGAGUGUUGUUUGUUGGAAGGAAGAUCGAUGGGUGGAGCGAUUGUGACUUAUUUGAGUGAAAUGUAUGGCGAAAAGUAUGAUGGUGCUGUGUGUAUUGGAGCUGCUUUGAGAGUGGAUCAGAGAAAUGAGGAAUUACCUCAUCUUUCCUUUUCAUAUCGUCCUCAAUUCCCAAUUUUGACCAAACAGUACUUGACCAAUGUGAGUGAACUUGGAGAACCUUCGAAUUAUAUUGAAAAGGUCAAACAAUUGUCAGACAGUGAGGUCAACAUGAUGCGCCAUAAGGGUCUUUUCCAAAAUGAUCACGAGAUUGUAGUACCAGCGCUUUGGACUGUCCACCGAGAAGGUCAUAACUUGGUUUCAGAAUUGGAGAGAUUCUCUGCUCUCUCUAGCUUAAUUCAAUGGGUCAAGUACAAGAGCAACAUUACAAUGAAAACGAAUGAUUCAUGUACUACACCAGCACAAAUUCCUCCCUCUCAAGUUGAAUUUUGCAUCUCCUCACCACCCAACUCGACAAAUCAUGCUCAUGGAGCUUGGGGAAACGUCAAACAAUUAUUUAUUUAUGGCUCGUUUGCAAUCAAUUUCACGAGUGAAGAUUUUGAAAAGUUAGGAAUUGCAGAAGGAAAGUAUUUCACAUUUCAUAUUUUGACCAAGACACAUGGAAUGAAAACUGUGAGUGCUUGUUAUGGUUCGUUUCCAUUCAUCAAACAAGCGACUGACUUGGAAUGGAUUGCAUUUGUGUCACCCGUUGAUAAUUACAUGGUACUUCAUGUGAAUACUUAUACUUUCUCUAAUGAGGCCUCCAAGUUGGGCAUUGCUCCGGGAGAUUCAGUCUUUGUGGAGCAAUAUAAAACAUUGCCUCCUCGAAGAAAGAAUUACUAG